AUGAGAGAUUUACCAAAUUUUGCUGAACCAAGAAUUUUCUUGCCAAAAAAUUUUUUGUUCUACUUUAAAAUUUUAAGUGAGGAAUUGGAAGAGCAAAAUUCUCCAAAAAAUGAUGAUAAACUGAAGGAAGUUAACAAUAAAAUUGUUGAUACGGAUAAGAAUGAGUUUAAAAUUCAACGCAGAAAUUCAUUAAAAACGCCCUUAAAAGAAGAAAGCAAGGAAAAUGUCCCAUCUUUGAAACGGCGUCUUCCACAAUCUUUGCAAAAAGGAGAUGUGACACCAAAAAAGAAUGCUUGCCGUGAAGUUUUGAAUGCAAUUAAUAAGACUAUGGCUUCACCUUGUCAACGUUCCAAACUUCCCCAACAUCCACGUAUUUUAUUGGCUACAUUAAUGCGAUUAAUUUCUUUCGACACUGAAAAGGUUCUUGUAGCGCCAGAUUCUUCACCUUUUCAUACACCUCCGCGAACACCAAAACGAUCAGAAUUUGCAACACCAACUCGAUUGAAUCGGACUCCAAAACGUUUAUUUUCUACAAAUAAUAUCAGAUCUGUUCAGAAUUCUCAAUUUGAUUCUUCAAGUGUAACACGCGAUCGUCUUUUUCAAGCCUAUUUACUUGUUUGCGAACAGUUGAUGCUUCAACCAUUAGCUACAGAUGAAUUGGAUAAUGCUUAUGAAGUGUUGGAAUCUCAAGCUAUAAUUUCUUUAAGUAAACCAAUUAAUGGAAAAAAUAAACAACAAAGAGUUUGUUUUAUGGUAUGA